AUGAUGUUCAGAGGUGAGGCGAAAAUCGGCGCAGUUGUUGACGCGGUCGCGGUCGGACACCACGCACCAACGGUCGCGGAAAACCUUCAACGGAAUCAGCUCACGGUCCAGUCGAGAAUGGCCUGCGCCCACGGCAGAAAACCUAUCAGGACGUGGUUCUCCCUCGUUUUGCUGGCUCACCUUAGCUUCGCCGAUCCCCAGCUGGACCUGCCGCCGCUGCCGCAGGUCUCUAGUACGCAGCGCAACCCAUACGGGGGCUACGGCCUCCUAUCCAGCACCCCGUCUAUAAACAGUCCCGGGAAUCAGUACGACGUGCAGAACAGGAACUUCCAGUACAGCACGUCGCGGCCGCUCGCCUCCAGCACCGCGGGGCUGUAUCCGGGCUCCUCCACCCCAUUCAGCCGGAUCAACCCGGACAUAAGCAACAACGGCUACCCCAGCCCGGAUUACGGGAACGGGCGGAACCCCAGCUCCACGCUCAGGCCGUACGACGUCAACCGGGAUGACAGGAUCGACGUUAACAGCGAUCCCAACUUCAGACGGAACGAUCCCAACUUCGCGCGCACCGACCCUAACUACGUUGGCGCCAGCCCGUACGAUUUCGGCGGUGAUGGUAUCGGGAACAGCAUAGAGGACAGGUACCAGAGGGUGAAUUUGCAGCAAGUGAGGGACUUCCUUGCGCACGCUGACGAGCAGGCGUCCAAGGAGUGCACUAACAACGUCGCAGCUCAGUGGAAUUUCGAAACAAACGUCAAUGAUGCAACCCAACACGCCGCACUGGACGCCCAGCAGCGGUAUACCCUGUUCCAGCGUGGGUUAUGGGAGGCGGCGAAGCAGGUGCCCCGUGGCGCCAUCAGGGACUUCGGCACCUUCAGACAGCUGCGUCUGCUCUCCAUCAUCGGAGCGGCGGCCCUUCCACCAGAUCAACUUGAUCGUUAUAACCGCAUCAUAAAUGACAUGCUGGCGGUGUACAACACGGCGGAGAUCUGCGCAUACAACGAGCCCUUCAAAUGCGGUCUCCGGUUGCAGCCAGAUCUGCAGAACAUCAUGUCGCACUCCCGGGAUUGGGAUGAGUUGCAGCACGUAUGGGCGGAGUGGAGGCGGAACACCGGCCGCAGGAUAAGAGACCUUUACGAGCAGCUGGUCGACCUCACCAACCAAGCAGCGCGCCUAAACAAUUUCACAGAUGCAUCUGCUUAUUGGAUGUUUCCCUACGAAUCAUUUAAUAUGAGACAAGAAAUCGAAGAAGUUUGGGAACAGAUUAAGCCCCUCUAUGAACUGCUGCAUGCGUACGUCCGUCGCCGUCUUCGCGAAGCUUUCGGCCCUGAGCGGAUCUCAAGGUCCGCUCCUAUCCCCGCCCACGUACUUGGCGACAUGUGGGGACAGAGCUGGUCUGGUAUCGUGCCUUACACCCUGCCUUACCCUGGCAAAAACCUCGUUGACGUCACACCAGAGAUGAUUAAGCAGGGCUACACACCGCUGACGAUCUUCCAGCUGGCCGAAGAGUUCUUCGUCUCCAUGAACAUGUCCGCUAUGCCGCCAGACUUCUGGAGUCUGAGUGUGUUGGAGCAGCCGGUAGAUAGGCACGUCCACUGCCAGCCGUCGGCUUGGGACUUUUGCAAUCGCCACGACUAUCGUAUUAAAAUGUGCACGCAUCCUGACAUGAAGGACCUGAUAACCGCCCAUCACGAGAUGGCACACGUUGAGUAUUUCCUCGCCUACAGAAACCAGCCCAAGGUCUUCCGUGACGGGGCUAAUCCAGGUUUCCACGAGGCGAUAGGCGAGGCCGUCGCUCUGUCAGUGGCCUCCCCCCGCCACCUUCAGACCCUUGGCCUCGUGCAGAAGUCCAUCGACGACACGGCCCAUGACAUCAACUACCUGUUCACCCAGGCGAUGGACAAACUGGCCUUCUUGCCCUUCGCACUGGUGAUGGACAGGUGGCGAUGGGACGUCUUCACCGGUGACGUCAGGAAGGAACAAUACAACUGCCAUUGGUGGAGGCUCAGGGAGCAGUACCAAGGAGUGAAGCCACCAGUGCUCCGGUCCGAGCUGGACUUUGAUCCCGGUUCCAAGUACCACAUUCCCGCGAACAUACCAUACAUAAGG